AUGUCUGUUUAUGAACAGCUCUGGGAUGUUUCCUAUGAAUAUCUAGAAAAACAUGCCGCUUUCGUCAAUUCCAUUACAAGCUUAAUGCUGGAAAGGGCAAAACAUCUUCGUUGCUACCUGUUCAGUAAUGGGCUGGAAAAGCGAGUUAUGUUUCAGGAAGAUUUUAAAUUAGCGCUCGAUGAGCUUCAAAAGAUGACCAAAACACUGCAAACGGUGGUGAACGAUUGGAAGGACUUGUUUGCAGAUGAAUCGACCGUUUUCGGCAAGCAAAUGGCAGCAGUCCCGCUGCAGUUAGAAGAAGCACCGGCCAUUGACUUAACGUUCGGUUACAUGAAACCUACGUUGGAUUACCAAGCGAACCAGAAGCUGAAGCUUAUCGUCACCUACAUUCCGCCAAUAAGGGAAGAUGUCAUUUUUUAUGCAAUGGACGAGUCGCGGAAGAAAGAUUUCCGCGACAAACUGAUGGCGAUACAAAAGACAGGAAUAAGAAAGUUCGACGAAACACCGUUACCCGGUGCGGUGUUUAUGAUUUAUCUCGACAAUCUAUGGCACCGUGUGAUUUGCAAUGCGUCUGUGGAGGAUGAUAAAAAGGCUCUCGAGUUGUAUCUGCUCGAUUUGGGUGAAACUUUGCCGUAUGAAGAAGAUAUUAUCAAAGCAUCACUUCCGGCCGAGUUGAGAGGCGUGCCGGCAUUUGCGAUGAAAUGUACACUUGCACCGAAAACUGUCCCGCUGCCCUUUCAACUGUACGAUUCCGUGGACUGUAGUGUAGUGGCGAUUGAAAAUGAUCUUCUGACGGUGAAACACAUCGUAAACGAGCAAGGAGCGCCUGAAUAUGCUAUCACCAGAGAAAUAUUCACAAAGGAAGAGCUGGAACAGCUCGACGAUAUAUCCAGCAGUACGACAAACGCCAUGAAAGCGGUCCUCGGGUACAUACCGAAGGAUGAUGAGAUACUUUGCAAACACUACGAUCCGGAUACGAAGGGUUGCUUUAAGGGUGCAAGCUGCCGAUUACGGCACGAACCAAAAAACCCGGACGGUUGGACGGUCGAGAAGGAUUUGGUUGCCGUGGCCAUUCCAGCACAGAUGGAAAUUCCGCACACAAACACGUACGUUACACUGUACCCGACCUGCGUGGUUGAUGUGGACUUGUUUUAUGCGCAAGUAGAAGGGAAUGAAGAAAACUACCGCUCAUUCCAGAAUCUGAUGGCAGAAAUGAACGAUCCGGAAGUGGUGGCUAAUUAUAAACCGCUCAAGCUAAUGCCAGCGCUUAAUGAACUAGUCGUUGCCAAGUACGACAAUGUUUGGUUCCGUGCGAAAGUCUGUGAAGCGUAUGAUCAUACGGUCAGCGUGUUUUACGUCGAUUACGGCAACACGGCGACGGUUGGAACGAACGAGGUGCGCCGAUGGGAAGAACGCUUCAAGUAUGUGCCGUAUCAGGCGGUGUGCUGCCGUAUCGCUAACAUACAACGCAUCAAGCCGUGCCACGUGGAAGCGAUUUACCAGCUGCAAAAUUACAUCCUGGAUAAACCCACCAUGACGCUGAUCAUUGAUAACAAAUAUCCAUGGGAAGUGUUAAUUUAUGGUCCGGACGGUGACGAUAUCGGGAAAGGAUUAAUAAUGACCAAGCUAGCACUACCCCGAAAGCCGGAAAAAAUUGACGAAAACUCAUACAUCCCUGGCUGA